GGCAAUCGAAAUAGUGAAUGGCCUUAGGUUACAUAUCCAUUACGAGAUUGGGUUUGGAUCCUCUUAUGGCUCCUUGGUGAACAAUGAGGAAUUUGAGAAGCAGCGCCAACUUCUCGUGGCCUCUCAAAGAAUGCUCUUUCACUGCCGUGGGGGAUUAUAUUCGGCCUUUAAAGGCCGUCGAUGAACUUAUGUCACUCUGCUUGAACUCGGGUUACCAUCCUGCCUACAUCAUUAAGCACCUUGAACCCGGUUUAAAUGAUAAGUUUGGGCCUUUCCUUACUAAACUAUGGAACAACAAACUUGACAACCCCGACAAGUGGCAGGACAUCUCCUGGUCUAAGUCCCUUCCUAUCUCUGAGGAUAUUGCAAAUAGCCUAGAUGUGUACAGGCCGCAGUUGGAAUCGUCUUUGGAAGAGCAAGUAAUAACCUGGACAGUAGACGUGGACAACAAAUCCACGACGGUUUCAGUAAUCAGUGGGGACCAACGUAUUAUUGACAAGGCUUCUCAAAUUCUUGAACUCAUGGCCAAGAGCACUGUGGACCCAGAAGUGAUAUUACAGAUAAUUGAUGGAAGUCAGCAACAUGUUAACCUUAGGCUUUGGAAUGAAGGUGGUCUUUGCAUGAAAUUUGGUUGUGAAGAGGAGGUAAGUUUGAAAUGGCAGGAAUGGCUGAAGGGCCCCAGAAUGAAGGAAAUAGCCGAGAAGAUGCAGUGUAAAUUUUUUCUACACAAGCACGGCCUUACUGCUGUUGGUACAUAUGAUGGUUUGGAGAUGCUGAGGAUGGUAGUGGAAGGCUUCCUUGUUUACAAUGUUGAUCCUGCAAACUUUAUGGUGACAAUUGCACACAAACUAUCAAAUGAGACUGCUAAGAGUCGCUGCAAAAGUUGUAUCAGACGUAACGCCUGGUUUGUGCAAGAUGCUUGGCCUAUGGUCAAGUCUUCUUUAGAUGAGCACGGCAUCUUAAGCGAUCUGAAAAUGGCUGAUCGUUCCAUGACAACCUCCAAAACCGUGAAGACUAAGGACCCAGAGCUUUUUCUCAGGGCCAGGAUUCUUCUUGAACUACUAGGAGGCGCUAGUAUUCCAGCUUCACUUGCUAUAGAAAUUAUGAACGGUCGCAGGCAACAUAUCUUCAUGAGGAUUGGGCAUCAAGAAGGUGGUCUGUGCUCAAGGUUUGGGAUCAAGGAGGACGAGCACAAACAACGGUUGGUGAAAUUUAUGGCCGCUGAUAAGGAUCUUUCUGACUUGACAGACACGACUGUUCGUCACGUUGGUCACACUGUUCUUCUGUUGGGGCGAGCUGAUGUUGUUGGUAUCUCGGGGCGAGAUGAUGGGUUGGAGAUGGCGAGGACUCUGGUUGAAGGCUACAUUGUUCAUGGCAGGGAGCAUGCAUGUGUGACGGAACACCGGGAAAUUAAGAAGUCCAGAAAAAGAAAGUAUAGAGAAGUGAUGUAUUGCCUGAGGGAAAAAACAGGUAACUCCUUUUGAGUUUGGUGCACUCAAAUUUUAGGCCACUCAGAAAAAGAAAGUAUAGAGAAGUGAUGCAUUGCCUGUUGGAAAAAACAAGCGAAGCGGAGUCUCUCCUUUCAAAUUUUAGGCCACUCAAGUAAAUUCACGAACACCAUCUCUUUCUUAAUUUUGUUUUAAUCCUUAAAGAAACCAAGGGACGGUUGGCUGUAGUCGUUUGCGGGCAAACAAAAAUUGGGUGUGAAAUAUUUUUCCGUCUA